AGAAGAUCGUGAUAAUCAUGCAGCAGUGUUUUAAUUAUUUUUUAUUCAGUCUGUGCGCAUUAUGGAAUUGAUAAUGAUCAUCUUCUGCAUUUGGAUGGUAAUCAUAACAUCUACCGUAGUGGCGAAUCAGAAUGAAGUAUUCAUAUAUGCUAAGCAAUUCUGCAUCACAAAUGGAUCGUCUGCAAUUGCUGUAAACAGACAAAUUGAUUAUGUCGAUGCACGUUACAGCACAAAAUCUACCUACAAGCCGUCAUUACCUACUGACAGUAAUUGCAACUUUGAACCAAAUUCAGAAAACACUUGUACAAAACUUAUCAAAGAUGGAUGGAAUAUAAAAAAUUCCAUAAAUGGGCCAGUUCUACAAAGCAUCAUUACUGACAGAAGAUGGGAAGAUUUUCCGUUGUUCAAAUCCUCGGAGGCAUAUUAUGGUAAUAAGAUGUAUUUCAAUGUCUUACCCAUUACCCCACAAAAUUUCCAAAUACCGUUUUCUGUUCGAAUAAAGCAAGAUGCGCAAAUAUUUUUGUGCGAUGGUGAUCAACCUCGAGUACCUAAGGAAGCAAAUUGUUACUGGAUCAUGAUCGGCUCUAACUAUGGAAAACGUGCUGGAAUCAGAAAAUGUUCCGUAGGACAAAUCAGUGUAAGGAUGGAUAAGUACCCCGGUGCACCAUGUAAAAUAACGCAUUCGCUGAAAAAUAGCAGUUUUCAUUUAGGCGAUGUUAGUGAAUUAACUUGGAAACACUUCUCAAUUGAAAGAAGUCAAGACACCCUGCAGGUAUAUAAAAGUGAGUCACAAAAACCAUAUCUGGAAUUAAAAGAUGGAGAAUUCAAACCAAGGCACAUGUUCAUCAACAGCUAUAACCAACAAGGACUAUGGAAAAUUCAUCAAUAUCACUACUUAUCUACAUUUAACGAAGGUACGACCAGGCAUUCCAUAAAUGUUCAAAAUGGGCAACUGUGCGUCGAUAUGUUUGUGGCAAUGUGUAGAUCAUGUAGGCUAGAUAUUUCGUUUCAAAAUGAAUACGGUAUGAUGGUUUACAAUCGAGAGCUUACAUUCCAAGUUGAAACCUGGCACGAAAUAAGAAUGGUCCAAAAUUAUAUUCCUAGCUCAUUUUUGCAAAUGGUUAUCAAAGCAUCAAGCAUUAACUAUGAACCAACUGCAAAGUUCUGGGCAAUUGACGACAUAAGGGUAUGCCAAGAACCGGAAUACCGGUAUAUGGAACAUUCACAAAAUCCUUGUGAAGAAUUAAGUAUAGGAAAUGGAAGGAUAUUGAGAGUCAACAAUACUAUCUCUACGGCUGAUAUACACUGUCCUGAGGACACCUUUGGACGUAUGUGUUUACCAUGUCAUAUUUUCUAUGAUCAAGAAUACUGCCCUGAAAUGAAGUAUUGUGAAUAUGUUUCGAAUGUACAUGAGUGUCAUUGUUCAGCUGGAUAUCAUCAAAAAACAACAGAUGAAAUAUGUACACAUUGUCCAGUGGAAUACUACGGACAUAAAUGCAGAAAUCGUUGUAGCGAGGGCUGUAGUUCCACCUGCGAUAGUAUUUCUGGACAGUGCCUGUGCAAACAUCCGUUUCAAGGAGCAAGAUGUAAUGAAUUGCCACAGCCCUUUUUGAGGUAUCCUCCUAGAUCGAUAGAGGUGACGGUAGACUCAUGUUCCUUCUCUAUAGAAAACGAUGAAAUUGUCGGUGGCAAUAUAAGUAAUUCAGAUUAUCUACUUCAGUACCGGGAAAACGGCAUUUCGACUACUUGGAUGUCUGAAAGAUAUAAAUCAAGCUAUAGUCGUUUCACCAUAGCAGGAUUAAAGUCAGACACAGAAUAUUCAAUCAGAGUUUUGAUUGUCGGUCAAUCAACGCAAGCGGACACGUUAAUUGAUCAGAGCUUAGAGAAAAUGAUACCGAAAGUCACAUGUAAAACCAAGUGUAAUUUGCUCACACCCGAUAAGAUAAAGAUUGAUCCUGGAAACACCACAGCUUCUGUAAAGCUCGAGGUUGGUACAAAUGGAUGCAACAUAGGCAGAUAUUCAUAUUUAUUUAAUAAUCAAAGGAACUGGGUUCCUGGAACCCAAUUUGAUCUGGCAUGUGAGCCAUAUACCGAUUACAAAAUUAUUUUUAUCAGUGAAGAUAAAGAUAUUGCAUCUAUACAUUUCCGCACGAAAGAAGGAGUGCCUUCUCGCGUUACCGAUUUGAAGAUAUAUGAAGGAUCAUCAGAAUACACUAGAAGCCUAAUUUGGGCUAAACCAGAGAAGAAGUACGGAGCUGUAGAAUACAUGGUGUCAUAUAGAAUGGAAAGAAGACAGUGCGGUUACUACGGAGAGUAUACAAAUGCAACGACACAAUCGACAGAAUUCAAACUAAGAAACUUGAAACCAUAUUCCCACUAUACAGGAUACGUUUGGGCAACGACAAAAGCUGGAUCUGGGCCUGUGCAGGACUUCCAAUUUGAUACAGUUCAAUUAGAGAAAUUGACCCCAAAAGAGAUGCCCAAAAUUACCAAAAUAGUGCCAGAAAAUGGUAUAGUGACUAUACAGUUUGAACAAAUUCCAUGUAAGGACGUCAAAGGGCCCAUCAUAAUGUUUAUGUCAGCAAGCUGCACUAACAAGUGGUGUACAAAAGUAGACAAUACAUCGAUGGAUAUUUUGAAUAAUCAGCAGGCGAAUUUGUCAGAGUUACAUCCGUUUUCCGAGUAUACGUUUGCUAUCAAAGCAACUCGUAAUGGAAAAGUAUUUGAAGACGCUGAUUUGAAGAAAAUUCAAACACCUGCAACAGUACCAAAAAAAAUUACAUCCCUGGAUAUAGUUUCAACAGAUGAAACUUAUAUCACUCUGCGAUGGAAGCCUCCCUAUCCACCUACAGGAAUAUUUGAAGGAUAUAAGAUACGACUGAACAACAUAAUUUACGGUGUAGACACAUGGAGGAAUUAUGAGGAAUCGAAAGUUACACCAUGUCAUUUAUGGAAGAAAUAUGACUGUAUUACGUUAAUAAACCUUCCAGAAAAAAUAGGUUACCAUAGGAUCCAGAUCCAUGGUAAAAACCAAGAUCCACCCGAAUUCGUUACGCUCUAUGAACUGGAUGUGGAAACAAAGUUAAGCGUGCCUGAUCCGCCCGGUAACCUGUCAUAUACAACAAUAAGAGACAAAAAUGAAAUGUACAUUUCUUGGCAUCAUCCAAUAAUAAUGAAUGGAAACCUAACAAAAUUCGACAUCAUCAUAAGCGGAAUGAAAGGACAACAGAUCGCUUCAGAAAAAAUUGUUGAUUGGAAGAACUACAGUAUGAGUUAUUCUUACAAAGUGCCGCUUUUAAAGCUGGAACCGUGUAACACCUUUACGUUCAACAUUAGAAGCCACAACAGAAGGUACUACAGUAGAUCCGAAACUCUGGAAUUCAAAACACCUCCACCACCGUCAUCGAUGUCAGAGGAUGACAUAGAAGUUCUUAAAACAAAUGAUACUAUCAAUAUACGCCUUUUAAAGACUACACGGGACUGGAACUCCUUAUAUGGUUUACUUAGUAAUCCUGGUGUUGAAAAAGAUCUUGACAUUUUCGAAAGAAAGUUAAGAUUAGGUGACAAAAAGCUUGCUGAUCCCGAGUUGGUCAUCCAGUUAGAAAACAUUUCCAAAACAUCAAAAAUUAGAUCAAACCAUGUACUAAGAGUGCGACCAAAUCAAGAUUAUCUGGUUAUAUUCUUUUUGGUGUCGAAGUGUAACGAUAUGGUGACCGUUAAGCGUCUGAGUAAACAUGUUUUGACUCAAAGUUCGUCAGCUUCUGGAUUAUGGGCGUUCUUACUUCUUCUUUUGGUCCCUGUUGUGGCGUACGUGUAUUUGAAAAAACUGCAUCCUAAGCUAUCAACAGUAUGGAAGUCGAGAGAUAGCUCGAUGAGUACAACAGAACAGUUGCCACUGAAACCUACUGCAGUGAUAGAAAAAGACAUCACCACAAUUAUUCGUACCAGCAAGAAGCAAGUAUCAAAUACAACUGCUGAUCAUUCUAAAAGAGUUAGGUUGGAGGAAUUCCAACAGUACGUGCGCAGUGCUAUUGCUGAUGGAACCCUAGAAAAACAAAUUGAACUGUUUCCUAAAGGACUCUUAAAACCACAUGGCUAUGGGUUAGCAGCUCCAAAUAAGAGCAAAAACCGGUACAAAAAUGUUAUAGCAUAUGAUCACACUAGAGUGAAGUUGAAGAAACUAGAGGACGACGAAUACUCUGAUUACAUAAAUGCAAAUUAUAUCCAUGGAUAUAAAAUGCCCAGAGUAUAUAUUGCAACACAAGGACCGAAAGCAUGCACUUUAAAUGACUUCUGGCGAAUGAUAUGGCAAGAAACUGUUAAAUAUAUCAUAAUGCUGGCGAAUUUGAAUGAAGAUGGAAAGAAAAAAGUGGAAAAAUAUUGGCCUGAUAUAAACAAGACUACUGUGUAUGGUGAAAUCUCGGUAGAGUUUAUAUCAAACAAAACAUUUGCAAAUUAUGAAAAAAGAGAGUUCAAUAUUAUGUUGAAAGAUGAGAAACGAGCGAUAACUCAACUGCAUUUUAUAUCAUGGCCCGACCAUGGAAUCCCUUUAUAUCCACAAUCAUUAGUACCAUUUUUGGAAACAGUAUUGAAAAUUUCGAAUAAUCCCAGAUCACCAAUUGUUGUACACUGCAGUGCAGGAGUAGGGCGUACAGGUACAAUAAUCUUGAGCGAUAUUUGCCUUAGAAUGGCAGCAUCUGAAGGAGCUAUAGACUUUUUGUCACACCUAGAGCAAUUACGAAACCAGAGGCCCAACCUAGUGGACAAUGAUGAACAAUAUAAAUUAGCACAUCUAGUGGUAAUGGAGUGCAUAUUUGGUAUGCGUACCAGUAUACCGUGUGAUGCGGAUAUGGACAAGGUCAUCAAGGAAUUAUUAGAGAGUGACGGGGUUGAAAGGCAGAUGCGCUACAUAGACGAAGUGGAGUGGCAAGACAGGGCCAUGGAAAAUAAUUCGGAAGAGAUGAAUACUCCCGUAUGCGAUGAGAAGAAUAGGUUUCCAGAUAUUGUACCAGUGAACAACCGUGUCUAUCUAACAUGCCAUCCUCCAUCUGAUCAAAAGUCUUCAUACAUAAACGCAGUUCAAGUAGAUGGUUUCAGAAGCCCAGGAAGGUUUUUGGUAACACAACUGCCGUUGCCUAAUACUGUAAAGGACUUCUGGAGACUGGUUUGUGAGAGGGAAACUAGAGUCAUAAUCAUGAUUGGGACAGUUGAUCCCAGUGAUAAGACCAUCUGUCAGUUCUGGCCAUCACAAAAUUCAAAAAUAAGUCCAGUCGACUUCAUCCAUAUAACCUGCAUAGCAAGAACGUCUUCAGAAAAAUCUGAACAAAUAAAGAUGAAAAUUCAUGACAGUUCGAGAAAGAUCGAGUUCAAUGUGAAUAUGCUGGUGUUUAACGAAUGGAAAAAUCAAAACGCCGUGCCUGCGAACGUGGAAGAUCUUCUUUCAUUUUUACUAGCAGCGGAAAAUCUCUCUAGAAAUAUGCAGAAUGUUAUCGUCACUUGCUAUGACGGUGUGAACGCAAGCGGAUUGUACAUCGCCUUAUCAUUCUUGAUAGAGAAGAUGAAAUUAGAACACGAAUGUGAUGUUUGCCAGGCUGUUAGGAAUAUAAGACACAUUCGGAGGCAAUUCAUUUCAAAACAGGUAUUCAUUGCUUGAUAUUAAACUUCUGUGAAUAUUCUACAUUGACAAUCAUCACAGAUGAAUAAUUAGUUUGGAGCAGUUCCUUAUAUCAGUUGUUCUCAUGUCAAUACAUGCCGUUCAGGUAUUAUCUAACUGACAAAUAUUUAUUAUGAAUAAACGGUAUCACUUUUGAUUCGGCAAGUACUUUUCCAUUUCAGGAGCAAUACGAAUUUUUACUCAAGGCAUGUCUGAGCUACAUAAAAGGAUUUGAAUUGUAUUCAAAUUUUACUUGAUGGUAAAGCGCAACAUCUGCAACGUAGUAGCAUAGCCAAAGCAGCACCACAAAAAAAUGUUAGGUUUAUUUGAGGUUGUUAUUAAAGGAGAAUAUAAUAACAUUAACAAAUAGAAUCUUAAAAGUUUAUUUUUUUAUUGUGGUUUUAAAUUGUUUUAGUCACAAUUAACUUUAGGAGUUUUGUGAACUUGCGGGUUGUUUACGUUCUAGUUUGUGACGCUGUGGUUUUUACGCAGUUUUAAAGAUUAUCCUAAUAAAAGUAAUAAAACCCGUUUUUAAAUCUACUUAACCUUACCAUCAUUGCGUCACUAAAUAAUAUGCCUUAAACUUAUUUCUUUAGUUUUCUUUGAAACUGCUUUCUCAUAUGCAAUUAGUAGGCUAUAUUAAAGCUGAACCCUCUUAAUGAAUUUGGUUAACGUGUAAGGAUUAAGAAUAUUUAUUAUUUCUUUCAUGUCCAUAAAAAUAAUAAAUCACUAACUUAAAGGCAUAAUUCCAAUUUAACAUUGAAACUUUUAAAAUUGUAGAUAACAAGAUUUUUUUCAAAUUGAUGUUUUUCAUUUUUUAAGUUUUUUCAAUUAUUUAUUAGAACUUUCGAGGCGCUUGAAUGUUAAACAUCUUUUUUGUUAACAUUUAUCGGUAAAGUUGUAUUUUUAUAUCUUGACACUUCGAAAUAGUUUAUACUCCUUUGUAUUACUUUAUAGCUACAAAUACAUACUGAUUCAUUAUACAUAGAAGAAUUUGUUGGCAUACUAUUAACCUUAAGCUUCUUUUAUGUAAUAAUAAAUGAUUAUAUAAUUGUACAGCACCAUUUCCAUUUAACGUUACUUGAGUAAUGGUCUCAAUAGUUAUUCAUUCAUAUUAUAUCUUCUUUGUUUUAUAUUACAUUUUUUUACCACAUAUGCAAAUCUGUAUCAAGUGGAUAUGAAUAAAGAAAGAAU